UUCCUGUGAUGUCAGGCCAGGGAGCUUCCUGAUUGCAGCUACUCUACCCUAUACAAGUGCUGAACGAGGAUUUUGCAAUACCAUUUAUUACACAGUAGAGCAACCGUCACUGUGAAGCAGCCCUGCAGUGCAUCGUGUCUUACCUCUGGUCUAGACGAGAAGUACAAUGGAAGUUCUAAAACCAAGUGAAUACCCGACCUCCAGAGCGGCAGCUGUGGCUGUGAACUGCAUUAACUACUCACUAGGGGGGCCACACCGGCUUUUUGAACAGCAGGACGUGACAAGUGCUUACAAGGAGAGCAUUGAAGGAGAAGGCAACAAAUAUUACUUGGAAUUUGCCAUAAAAGAUGCCCUGAAUGAGGAACCGCCCAUAAACUGUAUGGUUGAGGUCCUCUACUACACAAAUAAGCAGCAAACUGCUCCUAAUGUGACAUACACACUACAGGCCGAGCCAAAGAACUACACCGAGUCAAAAGACAAAGAAUUUUACAACAGGAUGAAGAGUCGCUCAGAAACACUGUUUGCCGAGGACAUUCCAGACAAAUACGGCAACGUUGCACCCGACAUGGAGCCCAUACUGCACCUGGCGCUGGCCGCUUGUGAUUUUGUCAAGUGGCAAAACUCUACAGAACAGACAUUCUACAGGAUGGCCGUCAUUAAAAGCGUUAAACAGGUGAAAAGGGACGAUGCUGCCCUGGAAUUCCAGUACAACAUGCUGAUCCACGAGAUGGUUUCACAGAACAUUGAGCCAUGGUUGAUAGAAACUGUAUGGGACCCAUCAGAAGGGUUAAGAGUCAAAAAUCAACAACGUCUACCAAAAAUCAACGCAGAUAAGAACAGCAGCUGACAUACACGAGCUCAGAAGACAUCCAGAACAUUGCAUAUACCACACAAUACUCACGGAACAGAUCUGGCAAUGGUCUCCCUGAAGGCAACUUUAGGUUUUCCCAUAGUACAAGGACAAUCAUAUUCUCUUUCCAGCCGCUGAAGAAUAAAAUAAUUAGGGAAAACAUUUACUAAUAAAUAUAUUCACCAA